AUGUCCAAAUACGACACAGAACUCCAAGAUUUCGGAACCCUUUUCUCCCUCAAGGGAAAAAUUGCAGUUGUAACUGGUGGUUCGAGGGGUUUAGGGUUACAUGCUGCUUCUGCAUUCCUCCAAGCCGGCUGCACAACCGUCUACAUAACCUCCCGCAAAGCAUCCGCCUGCCACACCGCAAUCACCACUCUCAAUUCCCUCCCCAACCUCUCUGCAGACGCAAAAGCCAUCUCCAUCCUAGCAGACAUAUCCACCAUAGAAGGAAUUACACAUCUCGUAUCCGAAGUUAUGAAUUUAAAUGUUAAGAGUGUUUUUGGAACUGUGAGAUUAUUCGCGCCGCUUCUUCAAAAGGCUGCUACUCCCGAAGACCCUUCUCGGGUGAUAGUAACAGCGUCCAUCGCGGGCCUCGCCGUCUCCCCCCCAUCUCCCACCUCCGCAAUCGGCUACUCCGCCUCCAAAGCCGCCGCCAUCCACCUGACGCGCAGUCUCGCCAUGGAACUCGGACCCCGAAACAUCCUCUGCAACUCUAUAUCCCCCGGAUUCUUCCCAUCCAAAAUGGCCAAUGGCAUUAUAGAAAAGCAGGGGGGAGCCCAGAAACUCGCAAAGGCAAAUCCACAUGGGAGAUUGGGGAGACCGGAGGAUGUUGCCGGAGCGGUGGUUUAUUUGGCUAGUAGGGCGGGAAGUCAUGUUAAUGGGGCUAACUUGGUGGUGGAUGGGGGGGAAGUGUUAAGUAGAGGUGGAUCUGUGGAUGAGGAGGAGGAGCAGAAGGCGAAGCUUUGA